AUGUCUCCUCCUCAUGCUUCCAUAUCUCAGGAAGACAAGGAAAAAGACAAGGCACCCAAAGGCAGCGGCCGUGGCGUUGGAGGCAAGCUUGCUGGCAAGAUGGGCAAGAUCUUUAAAUGGAAGCCAACAAUAACAGAGCCAAAGGUACCGGCAAAGGGCAAGAAAGCAUCCUCGUUCGCUAAACUUCUAGCACCAUCUCCCCUUAUCCCAAGAGAACUUUCAUCGACCAUCUCCAAAGAUCAAAUAAUCGGUGGAGAGUCUGAUCAGAGAAAAACACGAGGAAAAAUUACAUCAGCUGCUAAGACAACUGUUGUAAAUUCCCAAGCAGCACUAAGCUUUGCCACUGACUCUAACGCCCUGAAGAGACAAGCACCUUUAACUUCGGCCAAGGCUAUACCACAGAGCAACAAUGGUAACAAAUUUACACAAGCUUCAAUACCAAAACCACGCACUGGUAAUCCCUUUAGCUCAAAGAAAUGGGACUACAACAACUCCCACCCACCAGGCAAGAGUUCUGGUGCCCUGUCAAAGGCUACUGAAUUCUUUGAUAGGAUGGAACCUACAUUAUGGGACAAAGCAUGGGAUUUACAGGUGGCAGAUGAGGGACAUCAAGCAGACUCUGCGAAUGUCACUUCAACCGGAAAAGAGCAACAAGAGGAUUCGCACAUUCCAAGACGCGAGGGUGCUAGUAGUCCUCGCCCACUCACCGCUGCAGAUUUAGCAUCCUUGGCUGCUGAAAAGGCUAAAUUCAAGGAUGAGGAAUUAGAAGCAAAGCGCCAAUAUAUUAAUGAACACCCAGGAGGUGUUUGGGACCAUCAAGAUUAUGAGGUCUAUCCUGAGCGGAAAGUAGUAGCUGCUCGUACUGCGGUCAAUGGUAGAUUAGCAGAUUCUGGGGAUGAAGAAGUAUCCGAAUCGGAAGAUGCUUCGAGCGAUGAGGAGAUCCCAGCCGUGGUUCCUGCUGCUCAGCCGGCUAAGACUUCACGUCCACGUUUGGUUGGGAAGGCUAGGAAACUUGAGAAGGGAAAAGGAAAAGCUCUUGACGAAGAUGAAGAAGUUCAGACUAGCGAUAGUAACGUCGACUUCAAUCACCAGGUGCCAGCUGCCGAUGAUGGAACAGGUCAUCCCAUUGUAGCUUCAGGAAGUGAUGCCAGAAGCGAGAUCCUCUCUGGCCCACCGUGUCCUAUUGAGAAAGAGGUUAAGAAAAUACCCACUGGUCAUAAGGCUGUGUUUGGAGGAGCACACCAGCGCGAGAACUUUCCAGCCGGAACUCCGCAGCCAAGUGCUCUAAAUAUUGUGAUUCGCAGUGAGAAGCGAGAUCCAAACGACCCAAAGGUGGUAAUUGCGCGAGCCAAGAUUACCCAUCAAUUUACCGACAAGGUAGAUUGGAACGAUAAAGAAUCCGUCAGAAAGCUCAACAAGUGGCGUGGACAAAUCUUUGAACGAGCUUUCGGAUCAAAGUUUCCGAGGAGAUGGAAGUACACCUAUGGUGAGAUGAACGCCCUGUGCGAUAUUCUAGAAGCACAUCUUGCUACAUCAGAAGUGGGUGGUCUGAUGACGAAUGUUGAUUGGAAGUCGGUAACAAGUCGAUACAACCAUCACUUUGAAGGCGUCAAACAGUGCGCCGGAGAGCCCUAUGCCAUUACUAGUCAUACUUGUGAUGAUGAGGAGAAAAGAUCCGACCCUAAGGAUAAGUUGAAGGAGAGUCGCCAAGCACCUGUUAGAUCUUUGAUAGGCUUGAGAAAUCAAUUACAUCACUUUAAAGACCAGCGAGUGAUCGACCUCGUAAAAGGCGCGAAGGGUAUUAAACAAGAGGUUGAGCCAGUGGCCGAUGUCGAAAACAAGCAGAUAGCUAGUCCUAGCGAGGGAUCGUCUUCUGAUACUGGGAGAAAGAUCAAGAAGCUCAUUCUCAAGAUUGGAGACCGUCGCGUAAUCCUCGGCGGUAAGAGAAACGGCAGUGAGGACUUUGCAGAUAAUGAGGAUAGUCCACUAACUAAAAAGGCAAAGUUGGAUGGUCCUAUCAGCCUCCGUGGUGGCGAUGGUAACAUUUUGGGUGGCCAUGAUACAAAUAAAUCAGAUGAAUCUAUGACUGGAACUGAUCAUCAAGGUUGUGAGUUCUCUCCUAGCUCACCACUCCGCCAAGUUCUGGAUAAUGCAAGUUCGGCUACCCACGCUGCUCAGGCUAUGGUGAACACCAAAUACCUUUUCGAUCAUAAUGAAACUGCAAAUAGUGCCAGUCCUCAUUCGAUCGUAGAACAGCAUGUUUCUAUCUCUAAGAACAAGAAGAGAUCGAUGGAGGUUGAUGGGAACAAUGGAAGUGAUUGCGAUGACGAAGGAAACUCAUCGCCAAAGAACACCAAGAUUGAUAGAAGCCUUCCUCGGGAUCCCCGGCUUCCGCCUGUCAACGCACAGGGUCGUCACCUCCUUCCCAACCCACCAAUUCGCGCCGUUUUAUAUCCAGAACCGUUGAAAUCAAAGCACAAGAAGAGACCGAGGGACGAUGACCAAGUUGAUGAUAGCGACAGCCAAAGCGGGCAAUCAGCAAAAAAGCUCAAGGUACAGACUAGUGCACAAGGCCCCAACCUAUUUCCUGAGGCCCCAAAUCAACCAGCUUGGGACGUGGUGAACUCAUUACCUCGUCCUCGCACAGCAGCAAGAACUCGAGCAAAAACUACCAAGAAGGGUAUUCAGACCACCGCUCGUCUUCCAACCCUAGACGACUAUUUCCAGGAUUAG